AUGAAGCUCACUUUAUCUUUUGUUUUAAUUGCCAUCGCUUUGUUACAGGUGACGACGGCGUCUCCCGUCACCAAAGACAUCGAGAUGCGCACAGAAAAGAAGUUCGCGUAUCUUGUUGCCGAGGAGCCUUCAAAAGAGGGUCCCCCCAAGCGCGAUGUUGCGCCCCACCAACAGGCCCCCCCCAAGCGUGAAGAUCCACAAGGGGCCCGGCGUAAGAAUGUGGCGUAUAAAGUUGCCGAGCGCGAUGUCGCCCCCCACCAACAGGGCCCCCCCAAGCGUGAUGUUGCGCCCCACCAACAAGGCCCCCCCAAGCCUGAAGUAGAGGAGCCUUCCAAAGAGGGUCCCCCCAAGCGCGAUGUCGCCCCCCACCAACAGGGCCCCCCCAAGCGUGAUGUUGCGCCCCAUCAACAAGGCCCCCCCAAGCCUGAAGUAGAGGAGCCUUCCAAAGAGGGUCCCCCCAAGCGCGACGUUGCCCCUCACCAACAGGGUCCCCCCAAGCGCGAUGUCGCUCCCCACCAACAGGGCCCCCCCAAGCGUGAUGUUGCGCCCCAUCAACAAGGCCCCCCCAAGCCUGAAGUAGAGGAGCCUUCCAAAGAGGGUCCCCCCAAGCGCGACGUUGCCCCUCACCAACAGGGUCCCCCCAAGCGCGAUGUCACCCCCCACCAACAGGGCCCCCCCAAGCGUGAUGUUGCGCCCCACCAACAAGGCCCCCCCAAGCCUGAAGUAGAGGAGCCUUCCAAAGAGGGUCCCCCCAAGCGCGAUGUCGCCCCCCACCAACAGGGCCCCCCCAAGCGUGAUGUUGCGCCUCACCAACAGGGCCCCCCCAAGCGUGAUGUUGCGCCCCACCAACAAGGCCCCCCCAAGCCUGAAGUAGAGGAGCCUUCCAAAGAGGGUCCCCCCAAGCGCGACGUUGCCCCUCACCAACAGGGUCCUCCCAAGCGCGAUGUCGCCCCCCACCAACAGGGCCCCCCCAAGCGUGAUGUUGCGCCCCACCAACAAGGCCCCCCCAAGCCUGAAGUAGAGGAGCCUUCCAAAGAGGGUCCCCCCAAGCGCGACGUUGCCCCUCACCAACAGGGUCCUCCCAAGCGCGAUGUCGCCCCCCACCAACAGGGCCCCCCCAAGCGUGAUGUUGCGCCCCACCAACAAGGCCCCCCCAAGCCUGAAGUAGAGGAGCCUUCCAAAGAGGGUCCCCCCAAGCGCGACGUUGCCCCUCACCAACAGGGUCCUCCCAAGCGCGAUGUCGCCCCCCACCAACAGGGCCCCCCCAAGCGUGAUGGCCCCCCCAAGCGUGAUGUUGCGCCCCACCAACAAGGCCCCCCCAAGCCUGAAGUAGAGGAGCCUUCCAAAGAGGGUCCCCCCAAGCGCGACGUUGCCCCUCACCAACAGGGUCCCCCCAAGCGCGAUGUCGCCCCCCACCAACAGGGUCCCCCCAAGCGCGAUGUCGCCCCCCACCAACAGGGCCCCCCCAAGCGUGAUGUCGAUGUCAAGUACCCUUUCGUCAAGACAAGCCCCCUCGAUAAAGCACUUUAA